AUGAACUCCGCAGCUUCUUACGGCGCCAAUGUGCACUUCUGUCCAUCCUCACAACACGGCAACCGCACUAGGUCAACUGGAAAUUAUGGCGCAUACACUGACCAGGGCGAAGUCGGGAACAGUUUGCGGUCUGAGGGGUCAGGGUUCUCAAGUGUCAUCCAUGUCCCGACACGGCCAGCAGGUUUGCACAGUCUCGACAUUUUCAGUACCUCCUUGAAUGAGGGCUGCGCAGACCAGGCCAAGGCUUUCACGCAUUUACCCCCUACAACUGGAAUGGCUAUUGAUAUGGGUAUGCGGCAGUCGACGGCUUACACAUCCUAUGCGCAGCAGCGAACGCCCCUCGGACCGGAUGAUUUCAACUCACUCUUUCAAAGUCUAUCUCCAGACGAGUUUGACAUCUUCAUGCCGGACAGCAGCAUGCGGGAUGGCCAGCUCAUCGGUGGUGACGAUUUGACCACCCCGAAGACUCUCCUGGAAGCAAAGACCCCUGGCUCGAGUGAGCUUUGGCCUUCUAUUGCAACGAACUACGAGUCGCACGUACUUGGUGCGGCCACAUCACCUCAACAUUGUGCUGCCCAGUCACAUCUGGAUCCUGGAUUCGAUUUUUGCCCGAUCGACCCUACAUUUCCCCUGCCACAACAGAUUGAAUAUGAUUCGACUGCUUUAGUUUACCCGCCUUUACCCGAGCUGCCCUCUUACGGUGAUGACCCUUUUGACUUCCAGAAUGACCCUCCAGCCCCUUCUGCGGACCAAAUCCUUCCGACUGCUCAUUAUCAGGAAUUGGAACAUGCGUCUGCGUAUGAUCAGAGCGUCCAGUAUCCAGAUCUCUGGGCUUCCGAAGCGACCUCCUCAUCACCCACGGGCCUGACAAACAUUUCAACCCCCCAGGGUAGACAAUUGGGAGUAAAGGGUGGACAGCGCGACACCUCAAAAGACACGCUCCUAGUACAGUUAAAAGAACAAGGACUGUCAUACAAGAUUAUCAAGGAGCGAUUGAAGUUCGAGGAGGCUGAAUCAACCUUGAGAGGACGAUAUCGUGCUCUGACGAAACCAAGGGAAGCAAGACUGAGGAAACCAGAAUGGAGCGAUCGAGAUGUUCGGCUCCUUUUCGAAGCAGUUUCCUAUUGCUCGAAGUCGACCUCAGUUAGCAUUCAGGUUUCCAAAGAUCUCGAUGCCGUUUCCAUUGGUCAAUUUGUCAAUAAAGUACCGUGGAAACAAGUUGCUGAGUAUAUGGAAAGCAAAGGCUCAUACCGAUACGGCAAUGCAACAGUCAAGAAGAAAUAUCUGGAGGUUCUGAAGACUCGAGGCGCUCCAAUUUGA